CAUGUUCUAACGAUCUUUGGUUCUGAGCAUGCGCCGUUGCUACAUUUUGAAAUACAAACUUCGUUAGAAUCCGUUGGCUGAUUCUGAUUGCGUGUGCAAGCGUGUUCUAAAAUUUUAGAAGAAAGGCUCGAAGAAAGGUUCAUUUUUUUCAAGUUUCAAGAAUAUUUCCAGUGGUAUGUACCUCGUUAUUUAAAAUUUAUACUAUUAAGGUUGUAUGCGAUAUGUUUUAUUUUGCCAAACACCGGCGAGAAACAUAAAUUUGAGUGGAAUAAAUAGUCACAAUUUCAUGUAUAAUUUUAGAAUAUGCAUCGGUCGAUUAUAGAUUAAACGAUCACUAAAAUUUGCGUCUUGUUUUAGCUUGUUUUGUAAUAUAAACUCCUGUUUUACGCAAGACAACUUUAAUUCGUGAAUUGACCAAAAUAGAACUAAUUGUUUUAGAGAACUAGGCACUAUUAUAAAUACACUCGCAAGCAUGACAAGGACUGGCCUUCCUGGGCAAGAUCCAGUAAGGGCUUGUUGACAUGGACGCCUCGCUGCGUAGUUAUUUUUAUAGUAAAAAUUAUUGUGUGUUUAUACAGGGUUUUCAGUUUAGAACGGCGAAUUUCGCCAGACUUUUUCAUUCAACCCCACCCAAAUUCGCCAGAGCUUUUACGUUUGGUCACAUCUCUAUUAUGUGUACUUGCCCAAAUUUGUAAAUUCUAUCGGUAGAAAUAAUAUCUAUCGCCAUAGCUUCAUCGCCAUUAGCCAGAACCUCACACAAAACUGAAAACCCUGUUUAUAUGGACAAGCGGGCUUGCCCGGUUGCCGAGAUCUUGCUUGAAUAUUUGACAAGCCAAAUAAUAUCUGCCAAAUAAUAUCUGCCAAAUAAUAUCCGUGCAGUCAGAAAUUUGAACUGGAAAGGAGCUGGAAAAAUUGGGGUAUGUCUAACGCCAGACGAUUUUACUCAUCGGGGAGAGUGCUGGCACUCAAUGAGUUAAGUAUGUAUAUUGUGGACUAUCUGAAAAAAUCCAUAUCUUACCAGGAUGAUACUUGCUAGAUAAAUAGGGUCUGAAAUUUAAAUAUCUUUUCAGUAUCCAACUGGGAUACCAGGAUUCAAAGUUUAGUAACCCUCCUGAGAAUGCAGUAUCCCACUUCUGGACACUGGUUACCAUAAAAAAGCUUGAAAAUAUAAAUAGUUGUCGGAUAAAGCUCAAUAUUUUGGACAGUAAAAUGUAAACAAAGGUUUUGUUUACAUACGGACUGUAAGGCACCUUUAAGCGUAUUGUCAGUUGUCUGUUAUUAGAUUAUUCAAUACUAAUAUUAACGUGAUUUAGAUGUAAUUAUUCAGGACUCGCCGUAAUUGGGGACACUGUGGCGAGUAUCCUGGCACUACAUUGUUAUAAUAUAAAUUUAGUAGUUGUCGAACAGUAUUAAAUCAUUAAAUCAUAAGUAUUAUACCCUGUCCGAUCCAAUAACUCUCGCUGUUACAAAAUUUAUUACAGUAACAAUAGGAAAUUCAACAGUCAAGUUGUCAACAACUAGACAAUUCAUUAAUCCACAAAAAUGCACAUUAUAUGAGGAAAGGCUUGGGUGGCAAACUCAUAGUAUUCAAAAGCUAUCAGGAACUUGUCAAAGAUGCUUAACAUUUUCCUAAUGUUUGAAAUUUUCUUAGUAUCCAGUUGGGAUAUAAGUCAUUCACAGUUUGGUAUCCAAAACCAAAUUUUAGUAUCCCGUGGAUAUCGGGAUACUGCAAAUUUCAGACCCUGAAUUAUUUUAUCUUAUUAAUUAUUAAAAGAACUUAAAUCAACUGAAACUUUCGCUAAAUUCAAAAAGUCUGUCAAGGCGUUGCAAUUGUAGACAGUAAUAAUUAAUAUAUGACUAGCUAAUUUAUUGCUAAAUUUAAUCAAACCCUACUUUAAUAGCCUUAUAUUUUAUAUUAAUGCAGGUUAAUCUUGCUAAGGGACCAUUCACAAAAUUCGGACAUCCAGAUUGCUAAAAAAUCCUCGCCCCCCCCCCCCUAUGUCCAAGCUUGUCCUGAUUUUCCAAACCCCCCUCCCCCAUCGGCUUGGACAUCCUUUGUGAAUGGACCCUAAGAGCACUUCUAUUUGCAUGACUAAAGUAUUUUUGUAGUUAUUUCCUAAAUAGUUAAUGUUUUGAUAUUCUUGACUGAAAAUUAGAUAGUCAUAUAUAAUAUGACAAUUGUGCUACAAUGGGAUGCCAGUAGUUAAUAUGUAUGGAUUGAGUGUGUAAAAUUGUGUCUCAGUUAUGCGACAUGUAAUUUGUUGUUCUGUUAGAUCACUUAGAUGUAUCUUUAUAUAUUUAUAUAUUGUAGUUAGUUUCAUGUGCACAACCACAUCAGCUAUGCUGUAAAUUUACCAUUGUGUUUAAAUAAAUGCUUUUAUUAUUAUUAAACAAUUAUGACAAAACUUAACCCUUGUUAUCUGACGCCAGAUAAUUUUACUCUUCAACAUAGCAGGAAAUAAUAUUUUUGGUUUUUGUAUUUGUAAUGAAAUUUUUUCAGAAUCAAGUACCUUAUUAUGCACUAGCAUUAUUAUGUCCCGAUCCUCGGGUCUAUGCAGGGAUUUUAACAUUUCAUGGAUGUUAAAAACCUGGCUCAAAAAUACCAUUCAGUUCUUAAAAGACUUAAAAAGCCUGGCUCCCCAGGAUAAAAUUGAAGGUUUUAUGUUCAAUUUCCUCUGAUUUUCACAGUAGAAAUUAGAAAAUAAAGGAAUAUUGAAUAAGAAAAGAUCAUCUGAAAGUCAUCUUGAACAUCCUUGUUGGAACAUAAAAACGUGUGAUAUAUUGAUUAGUGUUAAAACCCCGGUACUAGAAAAUCAAUGUUUGUUAAAAUCCUGUAUUUCCCCUGCUAAAUGCUAUUAAAACCCUGCUUAGCCCUGGGUGGGCGGGGUUUCAAAUGACUAGUGCAUUAGAAAAUCAAAGGACACACUGGUGACAAAAAAUAUGAAUGCGGUUUUUGCAACACCGCGUAGUUUGGCUACCCAUACAAGAACUCAAACUGGACACAAAUAAUUUUUUUCUCAAUCAAGUACUUUAGUUAGACAUGAGGCACGCUGUACAAAUGCUAUUUACAGGUGAAAUGGAGAAGGAAAGAUCGUCUAUAAACUCCAUACGUACUGUAUGUUGUCCUUGCUCUCCAAGAAUUAAUAUCGCAUUUAUUCGACAGGACUUUGAAGCAAAGAACACAUUUGUAUUGCACAAAGCCUGCCAUGGAACAUUUACAUUUACGCACACUUCAUAAAUUUGAAUAAAUUGAAGUUAAGAAGUUAAUUUACCCAAAACGUAAAACGGAUAUGACGUAGGUCGGGCAAGCUUUUCGUCGUUGAUUCGUAGAGCGGUAGAUCCCUCACGAAAUGCGUUUCUGCUGGGGUUUACACCGUAGUAGACUAGUGUAAUAUGUAAUAUGUAAUUGCUUGCAUAUAGUUCCUCCCUAGUUGUUGCUUGCACAUGGCAAGAAGAUGUUUUAUAUUUUGUUGACUCCAUAUUAAUUACUGCAGGUUCUUUCCAGGUACUCAAGAAGAUUUUUUUCCCAAUCAAAUAGCUGGUUAUCCACAAAGGAUGGCGGAUGCAUGGGACAUUCUGGGGGAGAUCGAAAUAAGCGUUAUAAAUACUGAGGACAACAAACCUCAAUGUGAUGUCUGUGGAAAAAGAUUUUCAACAGCGUGCAGUUUAAUUAGACAUAAAAAAACACACACUGGGGAAAAGCCAUAUGAAUGUGAUGUUUGCCAUAAACGGUUUACGCAAUCAAGUAGUUUAGCUGAUCAUAAAAGAGGACACACUGGGGACAAACCUCAUGAAUGUAGUGUCUGCGACAAGAGAUUUACAAAAGCAAGUUCUUUAGUUGUCCAUAUAAGAACACAUACUGGGGAAAAGCCUUUUGAAUGUGAUGUUUGCAAUAAAAGAUUCACCCAACAAAAUGGUUUGAAAAAGCAUAAAAAAACACACACCACAGAGAAAUGUUAUGAUUGUGAUGUUUGCAAUCAACGAUUUCUAAGAUUGAGUAGUAUGAUUAACCACAAGAAGACACACGCUAGUCAGAAAAAAACUUAUAAAUGUGAUGUUUGCGAGAAAAUAUUUACAAAAUCAACUAGUCUUGUUGUUCAUAAAAGAACUCACACAGGCGAAAAACCAUAUGAAUGCGAUGUAUGCAACAAACAAUUUUCCCAAUCUAACGUGUUGGUAAAGCAUAAACGAACACACACGGGAGAAAAGCCUUAUGGAUGUAAUGUUUGCAGCAAACGAUUUGCGCAAUCAAGUGUUUUAAACAGACACAAGAAAACGCAUACUGGCGAAAAAUCUUACGAAUGUGACGUUUGCAAGAAAAGUUUUUCAAGAGCAAAUUAUCUAGCAAAGCAUAAACGAGUGUGCACUGGGGAUAACUUUAAUGAAACUGAUAAUUGCAAUGAAAGCUCUUCAGUAUCAACCAACAUGGGUAAACAUCCCAGGAGACACCAAAGAGAGAAGCCAUUUGAAUGUGAUGUUUGCAAGAAAAAAUUUUCAAAACCAGGCAUUCUAACUCGACAUAGGAAAACACACACGAAGGGCAAAUCGUCUGAAGGUAGUGUUUCAAAACCAAGCAUUCUAACUCGACAUAAGAAAGCACACACAAAGGACAAAUCGUCUGAAGGUAGUGUUUCAAAACCAGGCAUUCUAACUCGACAUAAGAAAACGCACACAAAGGGCAAAUCGUUUGAAGGUAGUGUUUUAAAACCAAGCGUUACAACUCGACAUAAGAAAACACACGCAAAGGGCAAAUCGUCUGAAGGUAGAGUUUGCAAACAGAGAUUUUUGCAAUCGAUUGGUUUGGUAAAGCAUAAAAGAACGCAGAUUAAGGAAAGGUCUGCUGAGCUUGAAAGCAAUGUUAAUGUCACAGCAUCGACUGAACCAAGCAGUUCCAAUAACCAGAAUCAGCCGCACACUGAAGAAACACAACCUGAACACCGUUUUAAUGAUGAUGGUGAAGAUGAUGGUAGCGAUUAUGGUAAUGAUAAUGACAAUAGUGAUUAUGAUGAUGAUGAUGAUGGGGAUGAUGAUGAUGAUGAUAGGGAUGAUAAUGGUAUUUGUAAUGAAAGUUUUUCAGAAUCAAGUACCUUACUAGAAAAUCAAAGGACGCACACUGGUGACAAAAAAUAUGAAUGCGGUUUUUGCAAUAAUCUAUUUAGAACACGGCGUAGUUUGGCUACCCAUACAAGAACACAUACUGGACACAAACCUUAUGAAUGUGAUGUUUGCAAAAAGUGUUUUUCUCAAUCAAGUACUUUAGUUAGACAUAAAGUAACUCACAGUGCAGAGAAACCGUUCGAAUGUGAUGUAUGCAAGAAAAGAUUUGCGAGAGCAAAUUAUUUUGCAAAGCAUAAAAAAGCGCAUACUGAAGGCAAACCCUACGAAUGUGAUGUAUGCAAUAAAGGAUUUUUGGCCUCAAACGAUUUGAUAAAACAUAAAAGAACGCACACUGGGGACAGACCUUUUCAAUGUGACGUUUGCCAGAAAACGUUUGUCCAAUCAAGCAACUUAAUGAAGCACAAAAGAACGCAUACUGGGGACAAGCCUCAUGAAUGUGAUGUUUGCAAAAAGAGAUUUUACGAUACUAGUAGCUUAUUAAAACAUAAACGAACACACACUGGGGACAAGCCUUACGAAUGUGCUGUUUGCGAGAAAAAGUUUGCUCAAUCAUGUGAUCUGGUAAAACACAAAAGAACACAUACUGGGGAAAAACCUUAUGAGUGUGAUAUUUGCAACAAACGAUUUGUUCAAUCAAGUAUUUUAGCCUGCCAUAAACGAACACACACUGGGGAGAAGCCUUUUGAAUGUGACGUUUGCGGGAAAAUAUUCUCAAAAGCAAGCAAUCUAACAAGGCAUAAAAGAACACACGGCAGUGUCAAACCUUAUGAAUGUGAUGUUUGCAAGAAAAGAUUUUUAGAAAAAAGUUACUUGGUCAAACAUAAAAGAAAGCACCACAUCGAAGAAGAUACACUGGAGACCAACUUUAUGGACGUGAGCAUGCUUGGAGUAGACGAGUAUCCCAAUUACAUGAUUUUAUAAAGCUUAAUCACACUCGCACACACCAUAGACAAGCGAGAAAAAUAUAAACUAAUAAGAAGCCAUACAUACCAUGGUUCAAGGAGAUUUUAAAACAAAAAAGAACAGCAGCCGUGCAUCAAAGUCCAAAAGUUGCAAAGAAACUACAAGUUGGCGUGUUGAUGAAGAAUGUUGUAAAUAUCAUGGUGUAUCAUUAAGGGGAAAACACCCCAGAAAAGUAUGGUAUCUCAAAUGUAGGGUAGUUUUGAAGAGAGAACUGUCUUGAUUAUUUCUGUUAAUUGUGCGCCAAAGUUGUGUGCCCCCUUGGAAAGACGCCUCCUAACACUAAUCUAGACUGCGAGCGGUCCCUCCUUUCCGCGGGUUUAGAUCCCCACGCAUGCGCAAGGAAAGGAGGGACUGCCGACAAGGAAAUUGCUAGAUAGUAUACUUCAAAAUAAGGUUUCCGUUUUUUUCGAUUUUUAAAAUAAGUUAGGGUUAGGUUGGGGUUAGUGUUAGGGUUUAGUUUUGCGUUAGGAUAGUUUUUCUACGUUAUAAAAACGGAAACCCCAGCCUAGUCCCAGGCUCUCUCUCUAUUCGCUGCUUUGAUAUAUUUAAAUAAGUCUUAAAAGUUUUAUGCCUGGGUGUGCGUUCGGAACCUUCAGCGAAGCACCUUGAGCGGUGACGUCACACCUAGGUCCCAGUCUCGUACUACAUCCACUUUUUUCUCGCGCUUGCUUCAGAACGACUGGGACUAGGCUGCGGAAACCCUAUUUUGAAGUAUACUAUCUAGUAAUCACCCUGCCGACAACACAUGAAGAAACGAAAUACGCGUUGCCCACACAACGCAAAAUUCCUAUUGGCGAAAUCGACACGCCUGUCAAUCAAAUCUGAUUACGUAGUAAUUAUGCUAAUUUAUAAAUAAACAUGACUUUAACGGUUCCUAUUGGAUAGAUCUAAUCGGAUAUAAGUAAUGUUUAUGCAAAGGCGGAGCCAGUUUAACAAGACUAGAUGUGCUGUCGGCCUUGCCGGAUGUGCUUUCUCCAGAGUUACUGCUCGCGGUCUAACACUAGUCCACCUAACCACAGAGUAGAGACAUACAGAGACGUAACUGACCGUUGUAAACACUGCGGAAGCUUACGUUAUCACGUACCCACUUUUUCAGGCGACCAGGCGAAAAAUGAUCAACUGCGCGUGAUCAGCAAGUGUAAAGUGAGUCGUCAGAUCGUCAUCCAAUCAGAUGCAUGGCUUGCAUGCAUCUAGUAACUUGCCGAGCAUGCGCACAAAAAAAGUGUGUACACUAGUUACGUCUCUGUAUGUCUCUACUCUGUGACCUAACCGCAUUCAACUUGCGUCAUUUCGAGGCCACCUAUAAAAGUAUCUUUGUAUAUAUACACAGUGAUAGAUCGUAUAGCUAAAGUACUGGAUGCAUCUGUUGUAAAUAACAUACAUAUAUAUAUAGCCCAAAAAGGAUUUUGCGAAGCUUUGUUUUCAGUAACUGUAUAUUAUAUAAUAUAUCAGUUUUACUAGUUUAAUUAACGUG